AUGAAAGCGGUUAGUCAGGCGGACAUCAUCCAGUUCCUCAAGAGCCACAUCAUUCACAGGUUCGGGCUCCUAGAGACCAUCACUUGUGACAAUGGGACCGUUUUCACAGGGGACGAGGUUGUAGCUUUUAUAGCCGAGUUGGGGAUAACGUUCACUCAUUCCACCCUAUAUUAUGCACAAGGCAAUGGGCAGGCUGAGGCUAGUAACAACAUAUUGAAGGGUUGCUUGGCCAAAGUGGUAGAUGACAACCCGCGGAGAUGGGCAAACAUGCUUUCUAAGGUUCUGUGGGCAUUUAGUACAUCACAGCGGACUAGCACAGCCGUCACACCCUUCGCCCUGACAUACGGCCACAACACGAUGCUUCCCAUGGAGAUUAGUGUGAAGUUAGCACAAGUCACGUACCAAUAG